GACGCGUCAAAGCGCAAUUUGGCACCGGCUGCCUGGGCCCUGAUAAAUAGGAGGUUCCUGCUUUCAGUCGCACAUCCUCUGAGGACUUUACGCAGGACCGACUACUACAAGGAACCAUGGAGACUUUCGCUACCAACAGUGGAUUAACUUCUGUUUUUAAUGGAAACAAUACUACCCAGCAGUCCAAUUUGUGGAGACCGUGGACUGGAAAAGAGGAGAAAACUGGCGCGCAGAAGUCCGUGCCUGGAGACAUUUCUGAUGGAAAGCACCCCAAAACUCCUCAGAUCAUUCACCCAGUGAAGUUGUACUGGCCAAAAUCCAGAUGCUUCGAUUACCUGUACCAGGAUGCUGAAAUGCUCCUGCGCAACUAUCCGGUCCAAGCGACAAUCUGCCCCUAUGAGGACUCCAGCAGCGAUGAUGACAGCGAUGAUGAAGAGGAGGAGAUGGAAAAGGAGCUGAACUGAACAUCAUCCUUUGGAGCCUUUGAAGACAAAUUGUUGCCUAAUGUGAUAAUAUAUAUAUAUUUCUCUUAAAUUAUUCUUGUAAAUAUAUGUAAAUAGAUCCUUUUCGUUACUAUUCCAAACAAGAAUGUAAAUGCUUAAGUUAUUCCUUUAACAUU